AAAAUUUUGAUAGUGUUUAUUUUACAUUUACUGCCAGAACUAUGUGGUUUUAAUGGUAGGUGAUUGUAUUGUAUCAAAACCGUGUGUAAUUAUUAAAUGGGGUCUAGAGAGUCAAAUCUAUUUAUUUGAAGCAAAUAUGCUUAACAACAAAAUACCGAAACUGAAUUCUACUUCACCAAGUCUCAUUUCACCAAAACCGUGUGUAUUGUUUGAGGCAUUCCAGAUCAUUCUCUUGUCACUAUGUAUUGUUUAUAUGGCCGGCGCCGCAUAUCAAUGGCUUCUAACUAUUGUCGCCGUCUUUCCUUCCGCUUUUACAUUUGUGUUUCGGCAACGAUAUUAACAAGAAAUUUGUGGUCAAACUGCUUACAAUUAUGACUUAAUCAGCGCAAUGUAUAUAUCAUUUGAAAAUGAACAGCUAAUCAUAAUCUUGCAUCCAUUUUAUUUCUUGGAUUGUAGUGAACACCUAAUUAUAGUACUGCAUCCAUGUUUUUGCGUGGUACUACAACAUAUGUGUACUGCAAAAACAGAGAUAAACACAAGCACUAUAAUUAAUCAUUGCACCAAACAUAGCUAAUUCCAAAUAAACCGUUUCUUUCAAUGCCUUCUUUUAACUCAACUUUCUUGCUCACUCUCCUUUUCCUCCUCCUCCAAUUCUCCGAGAUCAGAGGCCACGGUGGCGGCGACGAUGACCACGACACCAACGCAGCCUCGGGCGACAAGGGGGGUCUGCACGAAAAAGGGCUGGUUCUGGUGAAGAUUUGGUGUCUGAUAAUCAUGUUCGUGACCACUUUCGUCGGAGGCGUGUCACCGUAUUUCUACCGAUGGAACGAGAGCUUUCUGCUGCUCGGGACUCAGUUCGCCGGCGGCGUAUUCUUGGGAACUGCUCUCAUGCAUUUCUUGAGCGAUUCCACCUCCACUUUUGGAGAGCUUACUGAUAAAGAGUAUCCGUUUUCAUUCAUGCUGGCCUCCGCUGGCUAUCUUAUCACUAUGUUGGCUGACUGUGCGGUCUCUCACGUCGUCAGCGGGAGCCAGAAGGAGACCCGAGUCGACGUCGAAGGCGCAGGCAAAGAGGAGGAGGUGGAGCACCACCCUGUUUUUGUGAAGACUACUUCUGUUGGUGACACUAUUCUUCUUAUACUUGCAUUGUGCUUCCACUCCAUUUUUGAGGGCAUUGCUGUUGGAGUUGCUGAUAGGAAAGCCGACGCAUGGAGAAAUCUAUGGACGAUUUCACUCCACAAGAUCUUCGCUGCAGUUGCGAUGGGGAUUGCACUUCUAAGGAUGAUCCCGAAGAGGCCAUUUCUAGCAACCGUGGCAUACUCGUUUGCCUUCGCCAUCUCAAGCCCUGUGGGAGUCGGGAUAGGCAUCGCCCUUGAUGCCACGAGCCAAGGCCGGGGUGCUGACUGGACUUAUGCCAUCUCAAUGGGCGUCGCUUGUGGAGUUUUCGUGUACGUAGCCAUAAACCACUUGAUAGCCAAAGGGUUCAAACCUCAAAACAAGUGCUACUUUGAUACUCCCUUCUUCAAGUUCUUGGCUGUGCUACUAGGUGUUGCACUUAUAUCAGUUGUAAUGAUAUGGGACUAGUCAUUUUCUUAUCAAAUCUAUGUGUACAUUUUUAUUGCCAACAGUAUAAUGUCUAAAAUUUCAAUAUAAUUACUCCAAAAAUGAGUUUUUGUGUAUAGUAGAGGUAUCUGCGGGUACAAGAUCAGUAGUUGGUGUAACUACAAAAAAAAAAAAAAGGAAAAGGAAGAAGAAGCUCAUAGUUUAAUACUUUGUAAUGAUUGUGUUCAUCCAUGAAUCAACUUCAAACCUUAGUAAUUUAAUAAUUGAUCUUGUAUUUUCUACUGA